CAGCAUGGUCAUCAGGUCACGACCACGCGGGGAGCCGGGAACGGAACGAAUUUGGGUUCCGAGUUAUCUUCUACUUUGCGAAUUACUAAUUCAAAAAGUCCACGAUGCGAAGGGACAUUUCGGAGUUGACAAGACUCUGAAGCCACUGCAGCAGUUUUGUUACUGGCCAGAUAUGAUUUCGGACGUGCAAAAGUAUGUGGGCGCUUGUCUGACCUGCGAGACGAUGAAAUCAUCACGCCAGCGGUCAGCAGGACUGUUGCAGCCCCUCGAGCCACCCCAGCGACCUUGGCAACACGUGACAAUGGAUUUUGUUACCGGCCUGCCGGCCAGACCAAGUGGAAACAACGCGGUUCUUGUCGUCGUUCGCCUGCAUGGUAUCCCCGCGGCGAUCAUCAGCGAUAGAGAUCCAAAAUUCACCUCGCGCUUUUGGCAAGACACGUGGAGCCGAUACGGCACCCGCCUACAGUUUUCAGCCGCCAAUCACCCACAAACCGAUGGCUAGACAAAACGGACGAAUUAGACC